AUCUAUCUGAAUCCUCCGUCUUUUUUCUAAAAAAUUUAUCCCUUUUGUUUUCACAUUUAAUAUUUCCACCGCAAAUCUAAAAAAAGUAUCUCCACCAUGCCGCCGCCGCCUCAAUACUCAUCUAGCGGUGGUUCACCACCCCCGCCGCCGCCGAAAUCGAAGGAAAAGUUCCUGUCUCUGAUACUGAAAGCCGUGAUUAUGAUGCUCCUCAUCUGUUUCUUUUUCCUCAUCCUCCCUCUAGCCUCUUUUCUCCUCAUCCUCCCUCUAGUCCUCCGUCACCGGCGUCACCGCCAACGCCGCCUUUCUCACCCCUCAUCUGGGUUUUCAACAAAACAGCUUAAAAAGCUUCCCCAAUUCAGAUUCUCCCAGGAAACGAAAUCUGCCCAUUCGGAAUCCGAUUCGUGUGCUAUUUGCUUGGAUGGGUUCAGACAAGGGCAAUGGUGCAGGAACCUGGUUGGGUGUGGCCACUUGUUUCAUCGCAGGUGUUUGGAUUCUUGGCUGAUCAAAGUUACUUCCUGUCCGAUCUGUAGAACAAGAGUUUGCCUGGAAAACGAAGAUAGAUGCAUUCUAGAUUCCGGUUCAACAAGAACAGACUUUCAGGGUUUGUUAGAUUUGUAAGUCUUAUAUUUGUUUUAAGAUUUUGAUAGU